CUAACCCAGAGAGUAAUAUCAGAUGAAGCAACAGAACGAGUGUGACAGUCAGGUGUUCACAGACACUCAGGUUUGGAUUUCUGUCGUCUAUUCAUCAGCUCAAACACACUUGUUGAACAUGGGAUUCCUCCUGACCAAGAUGAUGACUGUGUUCGGGGACAGAGAGCACAAAGUCGUCAUUGUGGGUUUGGACAACGCUGGAAAGACGACAAUCCUAUAUCAGUUUCUGACAAAGGAAGCUGUCCACACAUCACCCACCAUUGGCAGCAAUGUGGAGGAGAUCAUCGUCCGGAACACACACUUCUUAGUUUGGGAUAUCGGAGGGCAGGAGAGCCUCAGAGCCAGCUGGUACUCCUAUUACUGCAACACAGAGAUUGUUAUUCUGGUGGUGGACAGCACAGACCGUGAACGCCUCACUCUCACCAAAGACGAGCUGCACCGAAUGCUUUCACAUGAGGACCUAGAGAAUGCAGCAGUUCUCAUUUUGGCCAACAAACAGGAUGUGAAGGGCUCAAUGACAGCGGCAGAGAUCUCCCAGUGCCUCACACUCGACUCCAUCACAACACACUCAUGGCAUGUUCAAGCCUGCUGCGCCCUCACAGGAGAGGGUCUACCUGCCAGUCUGGACUGGAUGAAGUCACGCGUUGUUGCAAACUAGACCACACAGCAGUGGAUCAAACUUCCUCAAACUGAGCCAACCUUGAAGGCCCUUCAAAGGCCACAGUGUCGGGAUUAUUUACAGUGUUUUUGGGCAAACAUGGGGGUCUGAGACACAGCCUGCCUCGCCACACCUACAGUUCUUCCCAACAAGCAAUUUAAGGGACUGCAAGGAGCUUCCUACAGAAACAUGGAUGAUCUUGGAGCUGAUCAGCUGGAUUAGAUCUUCUUAGAUGUAUUUAUGAAGAUGUGCACUGUUUGAAAGUGUUUUGUGCGUAUUUACAUUUAUUUGAGUCACCCGUGUGUCAAAGUGAACAAUGUUAAUGUUAUAUAUCUCAGGUAGAGGUAACAUAACAUUCAUUUGAACGUAUAGAAUGCAUCUAUACAAAGCCAGGUAUCCUGGUUGUGAUUGAGGAUCACAGGUAUCUCAGUUAUGUGUUUCACAUGAACAAAGCUUUUCCUCAGAAAGCAAAUCUUAUCCAGGUUUUAAAGCACUGGUCUUAGAUCAGGAUUCAUGUGUAGAGCAGAAACCUGGACGCUGUUAUGAUCACAUAUGCAAUAAUACAAGCAAUCAGUGUUUUUAUUUUCCAUUUAAAAACUCUGAAUAUGAUCGAAAUAAGGAUCAGACUUAAAGCCAAGAUUCUUGAGGGCAACAUCUUCCUUUAUAUUACUUUAUUGACUUGUCAAGUGGUAACAUGACUUUAAUUUACAUAUUAUUAUUAUUUCUCUUGCUACAACCUUAUCUCACAGGUUAAAAUGACUUUUCAAUCACAAUGUAAGUUCUGUUGAUCCCAAGCAUUGAGCCUCUGUACAACUUCCACACAACUGGAGCACCAGUGGCCUGUCUUACCCUGAAACUCUGCAAUGGUGUACAAGUCUACUCCAGAUUUUUGUAUUUUAUGGCAAAGAACAACAGGAAACUUUUGUAACCUUAAGAUGUUUAAUAAUUUAUUUAGAACACACAUUGCUGUUCUUGAACUAUCCACUGUAUAUUACAGCAGUUUCCUGGAUAGGGAAAUGUGCUAGCUGCUAAGGACUAUGAGUCAUAUUUAAAGUGAACAUUGUAAAUUGAAUUUUUUUUUGAAUAAAUAUUUUUGAAAAUGCUAA